AGUGUAAUAAAUAGGCUCCUCGCAAGUCUGAAAGAACCCAACCAACCACUUUGGUUUCUUCAUUGGGUUCCGAGCAGCAGCCGUGAUUUGCCCUUUCUCCUCUCUCAGAGGCACCCAACAACGAUAAUGGGUUUCUUUUCCUUCCUUGGAAGGCUUCUCUUUGCCUCUCUUUUCAUCCUCUCCGCUUGGCAAAUGUUCAAUGAUUUUGGCGACGAUGGUGGCCCUGCUGCAGUGGAACUAGCUCCAAAAAUUGAUUCUAUUCAUAGAUAUCUAACCUCCAAGAUUGGAGAUGGAGUGCCAACAAUUGAUGUUAAGCAUGUGGUUUUGGCUUCAAUGGCUCUUAAAGGUCUUGGUGGGAUUUUAUUUGUAUUUGGCAGCACCACCGGUGCCUAUUUGCUGAUGUACUACCUGCUAUUUAUGACUCCAUUGCUACACGAUUUCUACGACUACGAAUUUGAUGAUCCAAUAUUUCAUGCUCUUCUUCCGGAUUUCAUUCAGAGUGUUGCACUGCUCGGCGCACUUCUUUUCUUUGUUGGAAUGAAGAACGUGCUUCCAAGGAAAGUAAUCAAGAAGAAACCUCCGAAAACUAAGACAAUUUAGAUUUCUUGAGGAAAUGAUUUGAAAUGCUGCUCGAUGGUACGUACUCUUCUAGAAUGUGCUUCCAAGGUUGGUGUAGCCGUUCUAGAACGUUUUUGGUUCAAUGGUUUUCGUUGUAAUUCUCUUUUAUUCGACGUAUUUCAAUAUUUUAUUUAUUAUCAACUCUUAAUUGGAUAUUUUUCUUAACACGGAAAGAUAUUCUUUAGAUGGAAAUCGUGUCGUUGGAAUUCUUUAUAAAUUAUUAGUUGAUU